AUGUCUUUCGAGAACUUCCACAAAGCUACCAGCGAGCAAUUGACUAAAGCCGUUGAUGAACUAUGUAAAGAGUUCGAAGUCACUCCAAAGAUGUUGGAUGAAUUAACUGCUUACUUCAUUGAAUCCAUGGAAAAAGGUUUGGCUGCUGAGGCUGACUCUGAGAACAAGGGUUUGCCAAUGAUCCCAUCUUUUGUUACUGGUAUGCCAAAUGGUACCGAAAAUGGUGUUUUGUUGGCUGCUGACUUAGGUGGUACUAACUUCCGUGUCUGUUCCGUUACUUUGAAUGGUGAUAACACUUUCAAGAUGGAACAAAUGAAGUCUAAGAUUCCAGAUGAAUUGUUAGACGACGAAGGUGUUACUUCUGAGCAAUUGUUCGGCUAUCUAGGUCGUAGAACUGUUGCAUUUGUAAAGAAGUACCAUCCUGAAUUCUUGAACAAGGGUGAUGAUAUCCCACCAAUUCGUUUGGGUUUCACCUUUUCUUACCCAGUCGAUCAGACUUCCUUGAACAGUGGUACUUUGAUCAGAUGGACCAAGGGUUUCAAGAUUGAGGAUACUGUCGGUAAGGAUGUUGUUCAAUUAUACCAACAACAAUUGGAUGCUCAAGGUUUGGGGAUGAUUAAGAUUGUCGCUAUGACUAACGACACAGUCGGUACAUUCUUAUCUCAUUGCUAUGCUUCUGGUUCCCAUUCAUCAUCUGGUGGUGAAAUUUCUGAACCUGUUAUCGGCUGUAUUUUUGGUACUGGUACCAAUGGUUGUUACAUGGAAGAAAUUGAGAACAUAAAGAAACUUCCAGAAGAUAUGAGACACCAAUUGGCCAAUGAAGGUAAGACCCAUAUGUGUGUUAACACUGAAUGGGGUUCUUUUGAUAAUGAAUGCAGAUAUCUGCCAACUACCAAGUACGACGUCGACAUCGACCAAAAGUACUCCGCUAACCCUGGUUUCCACUUGUUUGAAAAGAGAGUUUCUGGUAUGUACUUGGGUGAAGUCUUGAGAAAUGUUUUGGUGGACUUACACAGCCGUGGUUUAAUGCUAACUCAAUACCGCGACUACGACCAAUUACCUCAUCGUUUAAAGACUCCAUUUGAGCUAUCUAGUGAAGUCCUAUCCCGUAUUGAAAUUGAUGACUCCACUGGUUUGCGUGAAACUGAAUUGUCUUUCUUGCAAUCAUUGAGACUUCCAACGACGCCAUCUGAACGUGAAGCUAUUCAAAAGUUGGUUCGUGCCAUUUCUCGUAGAUCCGCUUAUUUGGCCUCUGUUCCAAUUGCUGCUAUCCUAAUCAAGACUAACGCUUUGAACAAGAGAUACCAUGGUGAAGUUGAAGUUGGUUGUGAUGGUUCUGUUAUCGAAUAUUACCCAGGUUUCAGAUCAAUGUUGAGACAUGCCCUAUCCUUGUCUCCAAUCGGAGCUGAUGGUGAGCGUAAGAUCCACAUUAGAAUUGCCAAGGAUGGUUCUGGUGUCGGUGCAGCAUUGUGUGCAUUGGUUGCCUAA